GCAAUGUCAAAGUCGCCGCCGCAGCGGAAAGUAAUCGUCUGCGUGGUGAUCACAACUCGCGAGCAUCCGAUCCGAUCUCAUUAGCCACAGGAACGGCUCACCUGCGCGACCUGCUUGGAUGGCAGCCAUGGCGCCAACUAAGGACGCCGAGCCGCCGCUGCACAUCCUCUUCUUCCCUUUCCUCCUUCCUGGCCACCUUAUCCCGAUGGCCGACAUGGCCGCGCUCUUCGCCGCUCGCGGCGUCAGGUGCACCGUCCUCACCACGCCCGUCCAAGCCUCCACCAUCCGCUCCGUCGUCGAUCGCGCGAACGGCAGCAGCGCCGCCGGCACCCCGAUGUCCAUCUCCGUCGUGCCUUUCCCCGACGUUGGGCUCCCGAUGGCCGCACAGAGCGGGAGGGACCUUGCUACCUCCAGGGACUACCACGACAGGUUCCUCCAGACGGUGGAGCUGCUCCGGGAGCCCUUCUGCCGGUUCCUGUCCGACCACCACGCCGACAUCGACGCCGUGGUCUCCGACAGCCUCUUCCACUGGUCCGCUCACGCCACCGCCGAGCACGGCCUCCCGCGCAUCGCGUUCCUCGCCACCAGCAUGUUCGCCCGUGCCUGCACCGACACCGUGCUCCGGAGCAACGUGUUUGAGUCGUGCUCUGACGACCACGGUGCCGUCGUAUCCCUGCCGGGGCUGCCGCACCGUGUCGAGCAGCGGCGGAGCCAGAUGAUGGACCCUGCAAAGCGGCCACAUGAGUGGGCUAUGUUCCAGCUCAUCCACGCCGCGGACCGGUCGAGCUACGGCGAGCUCUUCAAUAGCUUCCGCGUGCUGGAGCCGGGCUACGCCGAGCAUUAUCGUGCCACGCAGCUCCGCCGCCGCGCGUGGCUUGUCGGGCCGGUGGCGCUCGCAAGCGGCAGCCUCGAGGAUGUGGCGUCAAGAGGCGCCGUCGCCGGCGCGCUCUCGCCGGACGCCGCCGUGUGCCUGCGGUGGCUCGACGCCAAACUGGCCAGCUCGGUGGUGUACGUCUCCUUCGGCACGAUGACCAACUUUUCGCCAGAGCAGAUGCGGGAGCUCGCCCGCGGCCUCGACCUCUCCGGCAAGAACUUCGUGUGGGUCAUUGCCAAGGGCUCCACCGCCGCAUCUUCUGACCCGUCUACGCCAGACGGGUUCCCAACGGCAAACCGUGGGUACAUCGUCCGAGGAUGGGCGCCGCAGGUGCUCAUCCUGAACCACCCUGCCGUCGGCGGGUUCGUGACGCACUGCGGGUGGAACUCGACGCUGGAGGCCGUGAGCGCCGGCGUGCCGAUGGUGACGUGGCCGCGGUACGCCGACCAGUUCUACAACGAGAAACUCGUGGUUGAGGUGCUCGGCGUGGGUGUGGGCGUCGGCGCCGAAGACUACGCGUCGUGCCUGGAGACCCACCGGGUGAUCGCUGGCGAGGCGAUCGCGGAAUCCAUCCGGAGAGUGAUGGGGGAGGAGGGCGACGGCGCCGCCAUGCGGAAGAAGGCCAAGGAGCUCGGGGUGAUGCCGAGGGGCGCGGUGGAGAAGGGCGGGUCGUCGUACGACGAUGUAGGGCAGCUCAUGGAGGAGUUGAUCGCCCGCCGGAGUUCCGUCGGAUGUACCGCCGAUGGGUAAUGGUGAUCCUCUAGCUAUCACUCGAUGUCACUGUGAAUUUGAUGUGUAUGUGUAUGUGUAUGAUAUCUCUAUCUGGAGCGGCAGUGUGCAUAUGCUGUAGAGGCACCUGAAAUUGUUUGAGUUCCUGGGGAAAUUUGUUACUGGUGCCGAAGAACUGGACUCCGUAGCAUCUUGUUCUUGCCAGAUGGCCGUACACCGUAUGUAUAUACUGGUGUCAACAAGCAUUCAACAAUGGAGAAUUCGACACGGAGUA